CUUUUUCCUUUUUUUACUUCACUUCAAUCAUUAUUGAUAAUAUUGUAUACAACAUGGCCAUUCAAGAACCCAAGAACCUUACCGAAUUCGAACAAUUGAUCAACUCCAACUCUCUCGUUGUCGUUGAUUUCCAUGCUACCUGGUGUGGUCCCUGUAAGUUGAUUGCCCCCAAGUUCAAGGCUUUUGCUGAAGAAACCGCCAACGUUGUUUUCGCCAAGAUUGACGUUGAUGAAGUUCCCGAUGUUGCUACCAAAUAUCAAGUUCGUGCUAUGCCCACCAUCAUGUACUUCAAGGAUGGUAAUAAGGUUGAUGAAGUUGUUGGUGCCAACGUUGCCAACAUCAAGGCUAAGCUUGAUGCUCUUGCAGCUUAAAACAUCAUUUGAACCUAAUCGGUAUUAAAUACUAAAUGCAUUACAUAAAUAGUAUAUUUUAAAAGUCAUUUUCUCUUUCUUUGAAGCAUCUAUUGUAAAUUAUAUCCAAAUAUCUAAUAAUAUCUCUUAUUAUAUGCUUUAAGCAUUUUACGAAUAAAAAAAGCCUCUUUGUAAGAAUAACAGCAGGACUAUCUUUUUGUCUUUCUAUAAUAACAGUAACCAAAGCAUGUUUGGAAAUUAUCUUGAUUUCCGUUGUUAAUACACUUCACCCGCAUGUCUUACUGUGUCGU